CCGGGAUAAUUUAUUUCGGGAGUCAGAUAAAUCAAGAACUUAAGUCACACGGUGUCGGGGGGCUACACGACCACGUGAUGGAAACCUUCAAUUUUCUCACUCAUUUGUGAAAUAAGACGCGUCUUUCACCCUAACAGUCAGCUCGUACCACACUCAUCCAGCAUGGUCCGGGCAUCUAAAAAGACGCCACCCAAUCCUGGCAAACCCAUCACGGACUUCUUCUUUCCCAAGGCUGCUUCGGCCUCGCAGCCGAAGCAGCAGUCCACCACCGCGUCUAUGGGCUCCAGCCAGAGACGGAGGCAAAAGCUCAAAUCAACUCAGCUUGCCACGCCAGUCACUCCCGCUGGCGGUAGUAUGUCGACUUUAACUGGUAGGGUCGGCGCGUCAACGAGAGAGCCCUUGUCGUCGCGUGGGAGUGUACAAAACGCAGCUAAAUCAUCAAAGUCGCUUCUCUCGCCCUCUGUGUCGACUCGACAGCGCUUUAGGACUCCGGAUAUACAUGUAGGGAGGUCGGUAAACAGCGCCAAGAGCCCAACACCCUUAUCGCCCAGCCAGAGAGCUGCGACCAAACGCAAGGCAAAGUUCGACCUGGAUGACUCGGGUGCCGAUUCGACAACAAACGAUGCCGUUGUUUACAUUCCACGUUCUUCUGUUCGUCCUCCAAUGAACAUUUCGGCCAGCAUAGCCCCUGAAGACCCGCCCCAGACCGAUAGAAAGCGGCUUCGCUUCUCUUCUCCAGACGCCAACACCGACGUCGUCCCUGGGAGCCUGUCAGAUGAGGAGGAAAUGACAUCCGAAUUCCGUCCUCAGCGCGACGCGAACAUCGCAAAGCCGGACGUGAAUCAAUGGCGUCAUGGUACCGCAUCUCCUGUUCCAGUUGAGGAUGUCGUAGCCGAUAGUGAGGAUGCAUCGUCACCCAUGUUCACUCCUGCCGAGAGCCCCUUUGCCUCUCGUCCUGCCACACCACCCGUUUUUCAGCAGCACACACCGCCGCCAACCGAUGUUUCUUCUGCAUCUGCUGCCAUAGAGUCACCGACUAUGGCUAGAACCGCAAAACUCAUCGCUGCAAUCAAAGAGAAAGCUUGGCAAAAGGCUUUAUCCAGCCCUGAGACGUCGUCCGUUCCCGAGUUCAAUGAAGACCUUGACAGCAGCAGUGAUGAUGAUGAUGUCUUGCCCACUCAGCUCUUUGGCAAGGGAAAAGGCAAAGCGGUACAACGAGACCCUAGUCCCUCUGAAAGGCCAAGGCGUAGUCUUCGAAAUAAAGUUUCACCCUCUAGCUCACGUCACGAUUCAGUUUCUCCUCCUCGUGCCUCGAAACGGACACGUACCGUCCCCGCUAGAGGGCUUGUCACACUCGUGACGAAGGCGCCUAAAAGGAAGUCAGUUAACCCGAUAGACGCUCUUCUGAGGGAGAAAAAACGCGGCGAAAGCAGUGGAGGGGGUGCCGCUGGGCUUCUUCGCGCAGAAAAUGCUCUUGCUAGUGGUGAUGUCGUCGCGGAAAGUUCUUUGGCCGCCGAGAAUCUGGCAUUAGACGCGAUACGAAACCAGGACGAUGUUUUGAAUGGGCCUUCAACAGAUUUAUUAGAUGUCGGCGACCUGUCGUUCGAUCAGGAAGGAGGACAAAGGUUACUAGGAGAGAAGCGUGGAAAGGCUGUCUUGGGGAUUCUGGAGGGCGACAAGCGCGAGAUCGAAAACAUCAGAAUGCAACAGAAGUAUUUGGGUGUGCCCUUGUGGGAUGAACCCAAAGACACCGCGAUGGAUUGGCAGUCGGGUCUACUUCCGUUCAACGAAGAAGACACGCCUGCCUUGAAGCUAUUCGGGGAUGCCAUCGCCAAGCAGAAUACUACGCAGGCUGCGUUACUGUUGCAAUCUGGAAUCUUCCUCAACCUCGAUUCGCAGAAAAAUCCUGCUGUCAUUCCGUACCUUGUGCCAUUUAGGUACAAUAUUCUGGCUGCACUGUGCUUUCACGAAAGUUCUGUAUCAUUUUCAGCAUUUUCAGCUCUCAUCAACAUAUGGAACAUGCCCGAUUGUCGAGCUUGCGGAGUGUCGUUUGACUCAAUGCUUUCCGCCAUCAUCCACCUCGGCGCUAAGCCCUCUGUUAUUGAAUCAGUUGGUUGGGCACAGCCAUCUGAGGCGGCCAGUCCACCUCCGAGCAAAGAAGAGACUUUAUAUCGCAUGGUGGCAUUAGUGACUAUGAGUGCAAGAUCGGGACGACUGGUUACGAACGAAAUCCCAGAUAUCCUUAUGAUCCUUCUAUUGAUUGCACUUGAUACAUCGAGCUCAAGCGAGAUACUGCUGGAUGUUGUCAAAGCAGUCGACACUUUGUGUCAUUCAAUCGCUCCAGGGGACGACAUAUCUAAGUCAAUUGAAAGUCGUAUCUGUAGCAAAGUCGCCAAGCAUGCCCUCGAUCUGACACCUAUCAAUAAAGCACAUAUGAUAUCCUUUAUUUCGGCGGGAACUGGACGUGCGCAACGGAUUGCAAGAAACAUUGCUCAUUGUGUUCUCACUGGAACAGAAAGUAUAUCGUCGGACAUGUACUCAGAUCUUCCCCCUCUCACGGAGAUCAUCGAUGCGAUUUUGACGUCUGGAGUUUUCAACAUUUGCGACGAGACAGACUACGUCGACAUGGGCUUUUGGACUGAGUUAUUAGCAGUUGCCCUUUCAAAUAUCGACGGCUAUGUCGCCCAAGAAAUGAAAAACCCUCCGCCUAUUGGCAGCCCUAGCAAAUCUGAUAAAUCUUACACGGGUUUGCAAGGUGUUCGGCUGGCCAUCGAGGGCGUGCACUCACAGAUAGACGAUACGCGUGCGGCGCACCUAGAUCGUACCCGUACUAAACUGUCUCUCAAAAAAUUGUCCCUGCGACUGGCGUAUCAGAUUAAAUCUGCCACCGACCUAAGGAAUAAGCAGAUCCAUCAAUAUUUCAAGAAGCCUGUAUAGACUUUCACCAAAGAAACUUGCAUUAUCAUAGCUUAGCUCAGUCUUUUAUAGUCGUGUAGAUAUUUCGAUUUCCGCUGGAUGUUUUAUCAAGU